AUUAUAUUAACCGGCCCACGAAGCUGGAGAAAACUAGUGAUCGAUUUAACAAUCAUACUGGAUUCCUAAGUUUUCCAAUCAGUUUAGAACAGUUUGAGGAAGUGCAAUAAGUGGAGGGAUGUUUUCCCUAAGAAUCUCGGUGAUCCUGUUACUUUUAGCAGUUCCAUCGAUAGCUCAAGAACUAUGCACCGCCAAAGAUGAUCCGCGUCUUCGAGUUGAAGUUACGGAAGCUAAUCAAGCAACUUUUGAACAAAAUAGAGAUUCUGAUGCUUAUAAAGCAGAAAUCAAAGUUCAUGGAAUAUUAAAUGACAACAUAAAAAUGGAUCUGAAGCAAAACUCGGGUUCAGUUUUUAAUCCUCAAGAAUUUUUUACACUGGAAAUGGAGGAUAAUCGUAUUAUGCUUAAAUUGAAGCAAGGAUUAGACCGAGAGAGCUACCCUUUGGAGUACUAUUUUACAAUAGUGUGCACAAAAAUUACAACAAAUGAUCAAGGAGUAAACUUGAAUGUUUCUCUGAGAAUAAGAGAUGUUAAUGAUAAUGCUCCUCGUUUUUUGGACGCCAACUAUAAUGUAAAAAUAGAAGAAAUUGUACCAGUGGACUAUACUGUAUUAGAAGUUGCUGCUAAGGAUAAAGAUUCCGGUAAAAAUGGCGAAAUUACGUACAAUAUUGAACCUGCAUUAAAUGUUAGGAAUGACGGAAAAGAUCACUUUAAGAUUUUAUCUUCUGGAAUAAUUAAAGUAGCCAAAGCAUUGGAUUAUGAGGCUUUAGCAAUUACUGGCGAUCGUAGUUUCUAUUUAAAUGUCUCUGCAUCGGAUAAUUCGGAUACUUCGAAAUUAACAAGCUAUCAAACUGUUCGUAUUCAAAUAGAGGACAGUGACGAUCUGGGACCUGUCUUCAUCGCCUCAGGAUGUGUUCAAGUAGACGCAGUCUGCAUUGAUGUCAAGUAUACAAUAACUCUUGAGAGUGGAGUUCUCAGACCAAAUUUAAACGUUCGUCCUAAUUCUAUUCGAGCAAUAGAUAGAGAUAGGGGAAUAGCGAAUAAAAUCACUUAUAAAUUUGUGGCCGGUGAACCGUCGAUUUAUAAUAACUUUUUUGAAAUUUCAUCUGAUGGAACAGUUACCCAAAAGAAGGCAGUUGACAGAAUAACAGACUUCAAAGAAGCCACUAUAACAAUUCUUGCCCAAGAAAUUUCAAUUGAAAAACGAUUUGAAACUGCUGUUUUACAUAUAGUUGUCAACCAGAAGAAUGAUUUUGCACCAGUAAUUAAGAGUGUCGACGAUAAAACUACUGCUUAUAUUAGAGAAAACUCUGAUGUCGGAAGCUUUCUUAUGGAUGAUCAGGGUAAAGCUUUCAAGAUAGAGGUUAGCGAUCCCGAUCAAGUUGAAGGAGAUAGUGCUACAAAAUUUAGUUUGAAUGUAAUAGAUACUGGAAUAGUGGGUAUUACUGAUGAAGGAUAUCUAAGACUUCAACAACAAGUUGACUUUGAACAACUACCCGAUGCCAUAAGUUUUAGAGUUCAAGCCAGGGAGUUAAAUGUUCCAAAUGGAAAAACGACUCUUGAAUCAUUCAGCAUAAAAGUUGUUGAUGUUAAUGAUAACAAACCAAGAUUUUCUACAUCAGAUAAUCUUGUAUUCAUUAAAGAAAUAGAGAAUCCUGAGCCAAGGGUAGUUUAUACUGUUAGCGCAAGUGAUGUCGAUUCUGGAGACUUUGGAAAUGUUACUUAUUCUAUAACAUCUGGAGGUAAUGGGAAAUUCGAAAUCAAUAAAUACACUGGUGACAUAUCUCUCAUCCGUUCUGUCAAGAGAGAAGAAACCUACACUUUAUUCAUUCAGGCACAAGAUAAUGCACCCGCAGAUGAUAGAUUAUUUGAUACAACGUCUGUAGAGUUUAGAAUUUUAUUCGCAAUUAAUACGAUUCCAAGAUUCCCUUCGGAGAAGUACAAAGUAGAAGUGAGCGAAGCUACUCCAAGAAAUACCAUAAUCUUUACGAUCCAAGCUCAAGAUCCUGAUCCUAACGCUAGGAUUAACUAUAAAACAAACUUUGAAGAUAUGUUUUCAAUUAACAGUCAAACUGGAGAAAUUCGACUGAGGAAUAGUUUGGACUACGAAAGACUAAGGACCAUCCCUGUACGAAUAACAGCUACGGACGGGAAUAUAAAUGCAACCGCAACAACAACCCUAGUUGUUACCGUGACUGAUAUUAAUGAUAAUUCACCUGAGCUAGGAGAGACUGUGAAAGAGCUGUUUGUUGAUGAGGGUAAGAGUAAUAUUAUUGUCGACGGUAGAAUUUGGGGUAAUGACGAAGAUGAAGGAGCAAAUGGACAAGUUCGCUACAGAAUUGAAAAUAACGAAUACUUCCGUAUUGAUGAAAACACAGGAAAUAUGUAUACAAAAACGGCGUUAGAUUAUGAAACUAAAAAAAUCCAUAAGGUCCCUGUCAUCCUCAUUGAUAGAGGAACACCACCAAGAUCGUCUGUAGUUUAUAUAACCGUUAAUGUCAACGAUCUUGAAGAUGAAAUACCAAUAUUUGAUAAGACUAGUUAUCAAGCCACUGUAAAUGAAAACGAUGAUAAUGCAUAUGUUGUUACUGUUUUGGCAAGGGACGCCGAUACAAAUAAAUCGGUAACUUAUAAAUUCAGCCGUAAUGAAAACAACCUUUUCAAGAUAAAUCAAACAAAUGGAGAAAUUCGAACAGCUGUCAACCUAGAUUAUGAAUUAUCACGUCGGCAUACAGUUAUAGUUUCAACUGAGGAAGCUGGAAAUAACAGAAAUUAUCUAUAUUCAGCAACCGUCACUAUAAGUGUUUUGGAUCGAAACGAUAACGUACCGAAAUUUGAAAAGGACUUAUAUCGAGUGGAGAAAGGCGUAAAAGAAAAUAUUGCGGUUGGCUCAGACCUUACUAGAGUUAGAGCUACAGAUGAUGAUCCGUCAGGGACAUUUAAUAGCAGGAUACGUUAUAAGCUUAAAUCUUCCGUACCACCUUCCGGGAAUGGAUUAUUUUUGGUUCAUCCGGAUCAGGGAGUAGUAAUUGUUAGAAGACCAUUGAGCGAUGAUAAAGAUGACGUUUCGAGUUACGAGUUAACCGUUGAGGCGAUAGAUUUGGGUAAUCCUCCCCUUUCAAGCACCACUAAAGUUGUUGUACCAAUACUUAGGAAUUUAAAUGCUCCAAAGUUUACGGAAACGAGUAUAUCAAGAACAAUUCCGUCUACCUUCCCAGUGAAUUCUGAAGUUGCGCGAUUAAUUGUUAGCGAUGCCGAUACAAUUGAUCCAUUCAACUCAAUUCGACUUAGAGUUAUUGGCGAUGGUAAAGCUCAAGGAUAUUUUAAAAUAUCACCUAGUGGAUCCCUGAGUCUAAGUCGUAAUUUAAAAGAUGACUCAGACAGAAGAUAUACAGUAAGAAUUAGAGCAACUGACGGAAUGGGUAAAGAAAAUGAGAGAGACGCUGUUGUUAGAAUUACUGUUGAAAGAAAUUUAAAUGCUCCCGUAUUUAAUCCAAAAAAAUACGAUAAAACAGUUCAAGAUAACCAGCCAUUGGGAGAUACAAUUCUCACUCUUACUGCAACGGACGCUGACAAAUAUGCACCUCACAAGACUAUUUCUUUUCGAAUUAUGCCUAACAAUGCUGGUACACACCAAUAUUUUCAAGUUGAUGAUUCAGGAGAAGUAUACCUAAAGAGGUCGCUAGCACUUGAUACCGCUUUAAGAACUCAAUAUAAAUUUAACAUAAAAGCUUUUGAUGAAGGCGAGCCUGAAAGAAAGGAAUCUGUUGAAGAAGCAGAAGUCACUAUUCAAGUUCUUCGUAAUGAAAAUUCUCCAAUCUUCUUUAAUUCAUCAUACUCGGCCUUUAUAAGAGAAAAUGAAAUAAACGUUGGUAGAUUGAUAACAACAGUACUGGCUAAUGAUAAAGAUACAGUUAAUGAUUUCAAAACCAUUAGUUAUGAUAUUAUUGGUGAUGAUAAGGCUUCGAGCUUUUUCAAUAUUCAUAAAACUAAUGGAGAAAUUCGAAUUGCAACUAAUUUUGUCAACGAUCCAGCGGAGUUGCAUAGAAUUCGUGUCUUAGCAAGCGACAAGGGGAAUCCACCUAGAACUGCAAGCGUAUUCGUUAAUGUUGAAAUCGAUAGAAAUUUAAAAUCUCCACAAUGGAAUGGUGGUAUCAAUAGAAACUAUAAAAUUUUAGAAACUGUUCCCUCAGGAACAAUAGUGGGAGACGUUCAAGCUCGAGAUUCUGAUAAAUUCCCACCAAAUAAUGUUGUUUCAUAUUAUUUAAUUGGAGAUGAAAAGGCAACUGAAUACUUUAACGUCAAUGACAAAACGGGUAGAAUUUUUGUUCAAAAAGAUCUCACAGCCGAUUCAAGCUCAAGUUUAUCUUAUAGUUUAGUAUUAAUUGCUAGAGAUUCCGGUAAAGUGCCACGAUCCAGCUCGAAUUUAACAAUAACAGUACAAGUCAUUAGAAAUUUGAAUGCCCCUGUAUUUACUUCCGGUGAUUUUACAGUACAGCCAAUUAGAUCUCAAACUUCUGUUGGAUCUAGAAUUUACACUGCAUCCGUAUCGGAUAGCGAUGAUAAAAAUCAAUUUGGCUCCGUAACAUAUAGUAUUAUCGGAGAUAGUUUAGCUAAAAAUUUCUUCGAGAUCAAUUCAAAAUCAGGAGAAGUCAGAGUAAGAAAUGCACUAGAUAGCGAUCCAUCAACAAAAUAUAAUCUUGUAAUUCUGGUUGAAGAUAAUGGAGAUCCUCCAAAAUCUGAUCAAAUGAUUCUGACAGUACCAGUAAACAGAAAUCAGAAUAAACCUAGAUUUUUUACAAAUAAUAAGAACAUUGUCAUUUUGGAAACGCAAGAAUUAGGAGCUAUAAUUGCUGAAAUGCCUGCUAGUGAUAAUGAUAAAUUCCAACCAUUCAAUACUAUCACCUACAGACUUAAGCCUGAAGGAGUAAAUGCUGAAUACUUUAAUGUUGAUUCCUUCACUGGAAAUGUCUCAGUUAGAACUAGUUUAAACUCUCAUUCAAGAGAUGUUUAUAGGCUGACCAUUGAAGCAUGGGACGGUGGAAAUCCGCCACAAAAAUCCGAUCAAGAUGGAAGAGUUACAGUCAACGUGCGACGAAAUAAAAAUACACCGAGGUUCACCGAUUCGAAUUACGGCGUCAAAAUUGAUAGAAACAUUGAAGUUGGCUCAAGAGUAAUCAGAGUUCAGGCAACAGAUUCAGACACCACACAGCCUUUUAAUACUAUUACAUAUUCAAUUACCGGUGAUGAUGUGGCAAGCGAUUAUUUCGAAAUUGAUAAUCUAGGAGUUAUAACGCUAAAAGCGUCUAUAAACCUUAGAGAAGAGACAGUUUAUAGAAUAAGAGUUAUUGCAAGCGAUAAAGGCCUUCCAUCAAAGAGUGCAAUUACUAUUGUUACUGUUAGUGUUAAUAGGAAUCUUGAAGUGCCUAUAUUCACAAAUCCAACAACACGUAUUGCUAACACAACUAUUCUCGAGACACAUGAUUACAAAUCAGUUAUUUUUACUUUCUCUGGUACUGAUAGUGAUGUCACCGCGCCAUAUAAUACUGUAAAUUUUCGAAUUGUUGGAAAUUCGGAUGAUACUCAAUUCUUCUUAGUCGAUUUUAAUUCUGGAAAACUGCAACUCAGAAGGUCUCUAUUACAAGAUUCUAAUUCCAAAACAGUAUACAAUUUGGAUAUUGAAGCUGUUGAUGGAGGAAAUCCACCAAAAUCAUCUAUCGAUCGAAUUAGGUAUAAGGUUUUUGUUAAAAGAAAUACCGGAGCUCCAACUUUCUCUCAACCUUCUUAUUCUUUUUCUGUUGACGAGACAACUGGAUCUGGCAAUAAAAUUGGAAUAGUUUCUGCUACCGAUUCAGACUCCGAUUUUAAUAAAGUAACAUAUGAAAUUUUCCGAGGGGAUGUAGCUUCUAACUUCUUUUCUAUUAAUCCCAAUACUGGUGAAAUAUCUAUAAGAAGAUCUUUACAAGACGAUUCCGCUUUAACCUAUGAAAUAAGAGUUAUAGCAUCCGAUGAUGGUGUUCCACCACUGUCUGAGACAAAGCUAGUAAAAAUAUCAGUAAAUAGGAAUCUCAAUUGUCCUACUUGGAAUGAUAAAAAUAUCAAUACGAACAUUAUGGAAACUGAUCCUGUUACAAAAUUAAUUGCCAGAGUAAGAGCAAGUGAUAGAGACUCGAAGAGUCCACACAAAGAUAUUAGAUAUAAAGUAAUUGGUAAUUCUGAAGCUAGUAAAUAUUUUACCGUUAAUGCUAUUUCUGGUCAAGUCUAUCAAAAAGUUCCCGUAUUGAAUGAUCCAAACAAAGCCGAAGUAUAUAAAAUUGAACUAUCUGCUUCGGAUUUAGGAGAACCUAUUCCUUGCACUGCUGCUAGUAAUAGCAGCGUUACAGUUAGGGUCUAUAGAAAUUUAAAUGCACCCGUUUUCACUAAUAAUGGAACAUAUAGCAAAAAGAUUAGAGAAAAUUCAAAUAUAAAUGAUUUUGUCACGUCAGCAAGAGCGACAGAUAAAGAUUCCAGAUCGCCUUUUAGAGAUAUUGAAUAUAAAAUUGUUGGUGAAGGUCCAUCUAUUGGACUAUUUAAAAUUGGACUAACAGAUGGAAAUAUACGAAUUCGUAAUUUCCUAACAACCGAUCCAUCUCAAACUUAUCGAAUUAUUGUAGUAGCCGAAGAUAAAGGUACUCCAAGGAGAUCGGCCACAGGAACAGUUGAUGUAGCAGUUGAAAGAAAUUUAAAUCAGCCAUCAUUUACUGAGACCAACGUUCGUUAUGAGAUCGUUGAAACAACGAUUGUUGGAACUGAACUAGUUCAACUAAGAGCAACUGAUGAUGAUACUUUUGCUCCCCACAACGAAAUAAGAUACAGUAUUUCGCCAAACCAAUUCCAAGCAGAAGAGUAUUUCAGCGUUGAUCCAAUUUCUGGGAAAAUCUUUUUAAGGAAAUCUGUUCAACAGCUGAACAAUUUAGAAGUAACGUUCCGCUGUGAAAUUACUGAUCUUGGCAUCCCGCCAAAAAAAGGUAGAAAUGCGGCUACUGUAACUAUUGGAAUUACGAGAAAUAAGUAUUCACCGAAAUUCACUAAUAUCCCGAAGACUAUAACUGUCGAUGAAACGGAAAAACAAGGAAUUGUCGUUUAUACCGUUAAAGCUGAAGAUAGAGAUACUAAAAUACCAUAUAAUUUUAUGACAUUUUCUUUAAUUGGUGACGAUACUGCUGAUUCUUUCUUUAAAAUAAAUGAAAAUAGUGGUUCUAUAUCAAUUAGAAAUGAUUUGGUAAAUGCACCUGGUCAAACACUUCGAAUCAGAGUAGAAGAUGGGGGAAGUCCAGCUAGAUUUGAUAUACAAAUAUUGACAGUACAAGUCAAUCGUAAUCUUAAUUCACCAAUUUUCUCUGAAACUCGAAAAGUAUAUAAAGUUAAGGAAACUCUCAGAAUUGGUACAACUAUCGGAUCAGUUUCUGCUAGAGAUGCUGAUACAAAGAAUCCUCACAAUAGAAUUAGCUAUUCUACCAAUAACAACUUUUUUGAUGUAGAAGAGAGCAAUGGUAGAAUAUUCUUAAAACGCCUCUUGCUGGAUCAAGGAAGCGAUGCAAUGACUAUUACAAUAAUCGCUACGGAUAAUGGUAUUCCGAAUCGUCGAACUUCUCCUGAACCAGCUCUCGUAACAGUCAAUAUAACAAGAAAUAAAUUACCACCAGUUUUCCAAUCUUCCACGUAUAAGAUGAAAAUUAAUCAAGCACAUUCGGGAAGAAUAAUCUUGGUUCAAGCAACUGAUCUUGAUACAGAGAGCCCAUUUAGAGAUAUCAAAUACAGUAUUAUUGGUGAUGACAAUGCCAAUAAUUACUUUUCUAUAAAUGAAGUAUCUGGAGAAAUAACUCCGAAACAAAGUUUAAAAGACCAUGACAGAAAAUCUUAUAAAAUUCGAGUAGAAGCUAGAGAUGGUGGCACUCCACCACGAACUGCUAUUACUGUAGCCGAAAUUGAUGUGGAAAGGAAUUUAAAUGCACCUACAUUUAAUCCAAAGAGCGCGAUUAUCUCUAUACUAGAAACCAUUAAUUUGGGUCAGACUAUUUAUACAGCUUCUGCAACUGAUCAGGAUAAAAAUGCUCCGGAUAAUCAAAUUCAAUAUGCCAUCUCUAAUGAAAACGAUAAUUUUAACCUAUUCAAAAUUCAAGAAGGUAGUGGUGAAAUCUACAUUGCUAAAGAUUUAAGAACCAAUAGCGCCGAUUCUUACUCGGUGAAAAUUAGCGCAACAGACAAAGGAACAAAUCCUAAAAAGGCAGCUGAAGAUUUUAUACUUGAAGUACGAGUAUCUAGAAAUAAAAAUGAACCAACUUUUACUGAUGGAGCUGUUCAAUCACAAACUAUAUCGGAAAAUGUUGAAGACGGAUAUAUCGUUAAAAAAUUUAAUGUUAAAGAUCUGGAUGACAAAGAACCAUUCAACGUUGUCACAACUGGAGCCAUUGGAGAUGGUAAUGCAGAAACCUUCUUUGAAGUUAAACCUAAAGGGGAAGUUAGCAUUAAAUCCGCAUCCAGUCUAGCAUCUGAUAAAGCUCCAUCAUACCAAUUGAGAGUUUUAGCAUCAGAUGGAGGAACGCCGCCUAAAACUUCAACAGCUGUACUUACUAUCAACGUCCAAAGAAAUUUAUACGAACCGAAAUUUUCCAAUGAAAACAAUAUAGCUGUUUCAUUGAAAGAUACAGUAGCUCCAGGAACAGAAGUUACCGUUUUAACAGCUACAGAUGAUGAUAAUGAUGCUCCAUACAAUACAAUAACUUUCACUAUUAUUGGAGAUGGAAAUUCUACAGACUUUUUCUACAUCCAUCCAGAUACAGGCCGUAUUACAACAUCUAAGGAUUUUUUUACGACGACAAAAAACUUUUUCAGAAUUCGAGUUAAAGCAACAGAUAGAGCUCCCGUACCAAAAUCUAGUAUUACUUACGUAGAAGUCAGUAUUAUAAGAAAUCAAGGUACACUACGAUUCAGUAGUAACACUUUAACAACAGAAAUUCAAGAAACAAGAGCAAUCGAUCAAACGAUAUAUCUUGCUGUAGCAAGUCCAUCUGAUAAUGUAAAAUAUCGAAUAAUUGGUACUCUAUUAUCUCAAGAAUAUUUCAAAAUUGGACAAAGUGAUGGAAAAGUACAAAUUAAGAAAAGUCUUAAAGAUGAUCAAACAGCUGCCCCGUAUUAUUUGAUUCAUAUUGAAGCGGAAAGAGAGUUUGAAGUUACCAAGCAAAUCGCUAAAACUACUUUGAAUGUUACUGUUAUAAGAAACUUAAAUCAGCCUAAAUUCUCCUCAAGACUGUUUCAGAGAAGAGAGUUGGAUGAAAAGACUCCUAAGGGAACAAUUUUAUUGGAAUUAUCGGCCGUUGAUAAUGACAAAGAUGUUUUACUUUACUCGGUUGCUGAAGGAGAAGAUGCGUCUUUCUUCUAUUUGCACCCGUCAACUGGAGAAAUAUCUCUGAUUAAAUCCCUUCUUACCGAUACAGCAACUACCUAUGAGUUUGACGUUAUUGUCUCUGAUCAAAGAAUUCCACCAAAAACUGAUAGAGCCACAGUAAGAGUUUUUAUUAAGAGAGAUGUGAAGGAUCCAUAUUUUGAGGGAAUUCCCUAUAUUACUGAAGUAGAAGAAACGGCUCCACUAAAUCAUCUUAUCAUCCAACUAAAAGGAAAGGAUGAUGAUAGAGAAGGGCCAUUAGUUUAUGGAAUUGAUGGUUUUGAUCCUGCUCCAUUUUAUUUUCGUGUUGAUUCAAGUUCAGGUCAGGUUAUGGUGAAAAGAAACUUAAAAUUGAGUUUAGAUUUUACUUUUACUUUAUCAGUUUUUGUUUAUGACAAUGCAAAUCCUGAUAAAAAAGCUAAAGCUAAUGUUACAAUUACGGUUCUUCGUAAUAAGAAUCAGCCCGUAUUUCAAAAAGCUAAAUACGAGAUGUCUGUAUUGGAGAAUAGACGAGUUGGAUCCACCCUAGUCAAUGUACAGGCUGUUGAUCAAGAUGGUGAUGAAGUACGAUAUAGGAUAAUAGGCGAGAGCAGUCAGUUCCUAUUCUUAAACGAAAGAAAUGGGGCCAUCAGCCUUGCUAAACCUUUGAGUGAUGCAGUUGAAGAUCAAAUUAGAAUAAAAAUUGAAGCUUACGAUAACGGUUAUCCGGUUCGAAGCAGUUCAACAAAUGCUGAUGUUAUAAUAAAUAUUAACAAGAAUAGACAUUCACCAGAAUUUAUUGAAGAUCAAUAUUCAACAACUAUAACAGAGAAGAGGGGAAUUAAUAGCGAUAUCUUGAGACUUCAAGCUACUGAUAAGGAUAAUCAGAGUCCCUUCAACACCAUUAAAUAUUUUAUGAUCGGUGAUGAAAGUGGUCCUACCUUCUUCAAAAUUAGCGAGGAAACCGGAACUAUAUCAAUUAAAUCGAACCUUAGAAACGACGAUAGAGAAGUUUAUUAUCUAAGAAUAGAAGCAAGGGACGGAGGAUCUCCUGCAAAAAUAGCUACUCGUGUAGUAGUUGUAACAGUGGAGAGAAACCUUGAAAUACCUCGAUGGAAUAAGAAUACAUAUAUUGAAAAUAUACUAGAAACUUUCCCUGUCGGUAAUACUGUUACAAGAUUACAAGCAAGGGAUGACGAUGAUCGUGCUCCUUAUAAUCAAUUGGAAUAUAGUUUAACCGAAAAUGUUGACUCUCGUAUAUCGGAGUUUUUUGGUGUUGAACAGUACACAGGAGCUCUUUUCCUUAGGAAAUCUCUAAUUUUAAGCGAUCUAAAACAAUUCGGGCCUUUCGACGUUGUGCUUAAAGAUAGAGCACCUAAUCCUAAAACGGCUACGUCCAUGGCUAAGGUCACUAUCAACAUUGGACGAAAUGAAUUUUCUCCAUCUUUUGGUCAGAGUACAUUCAACAAAACGAUUGAUAGAAAUCAAAGAAAUGGCGAAUUAUUGACUGUAACAGCAAGGGAUUUAGACACAAGCUAUGGACCAGUUACCUACGAACUAAUUGGUGAUGGUGAAGCUACAGCUUUCUUUAGAAUAGAUGCCAACACUGGCAGUAUUUCACUCACGAGAAGUGUCAACAAUGAAGCUGCAACAGAAUAUAGACUAAGGAUAGUUGCAAAAGAUAGAGGGACUCCUCCAAAAACAGAUACAGCUAUUGUCAUUGUGGAAGUUCGACGAAAUUUACAUAGACCAACCUUUUCACCAAAUACUUACGAUUUAAGAAUUGUUGAGAAUUGGCCAGUCUACCAGCCGACCUUCUUAGUCGUAAAAUGUAGAGACAGUGAUGUUGCGCCUCCGUAUAACACUUUGAAAUACUCAAUUACAUCUCCAGAAGAAGCUAAAAAUUAUUUUGAGUUAGAAGAAUUAACGGGUAGACUUAAAUUAAAACAAUCACUGAUCGGUGCCGAAGGAUUAUCUGAGAGAUUAGAAAUUCGGGUUCAAUGUAGUGAUUCUGCUGUACCACCAAGGGUCAAUACAGAUGGAAGUAUAAGAGUAAACAUCAUUAGAAAUAAAUUUGCUCCCAAAUUCGAAGGUUUUCCGUAUGAACGAACUGUGCCUGAAGAUUGGAAAACUGAUACCCAAAUUUUACAAGUUCUAGCAAAGGAUAGCGAUUCAGAGAACGAUUUCAAGAAAAUAACAUAUUCACUAAUUGGAGAUGAUUCUGCCACUGAUUACUUUAGUAUAAAUAAUGAAACUGGGCAAAUUUUAAUUAAGACAGAUUUAACACAAACUCAAUUGACAUCUAUGCAGUUGAGAGUUGAAGCUAGAGAUGGUGGAACUCCCGCCAAAUCAUCAAAUACCGCUUUUAAAGUAACAAUUAAUCGUAAUUUGAGAAAUCCUGAAUGGUUAGGUAGCACUGGAAUUUCAAAAAGAAUUGAGGAAAAAACUAUUGUUGGAACUGUUAUCGGAAAUUUCUCAGCAACCGAUAAGGACCGAAGUUCUCCCUAUAAUCAAGUAACUUUCUCUGCACUGGAUGGUGGAGACGGACCGAUUUGUUUAGGAGUAAAUGGAAGAAAUGGAGAAGUUUUCGUCAAACGUUCCUUCUUUGUCGAACCUUGCUCUAGAAGUGAUCAAUUUACUCUUAGAGUUAAAAUCUCUGAUAAUGGUUCCCCACCAAGACAAGCAUCGGCAACCGGAACAUUUUCCGUAAGAAUUGCAAGAAACAAGCACAUUCCAGUUUUUACGAAUAGUGGACAAUAUAAAGUCUCUAUUAAAGAGAAUGUCGGCAGCGAUAAGUCAAUUUCCAGAGUUCAAGCGACAGAUAGAGAUUCAGAGAGUCCGUAUAAAGAUAUCACCUAUCGAUUAGUAGGGAAAGAUAACGCAAUACGUUACUUUACUGUUAACUCUACUAAUGGUCGAGUUUUGCUAUCGAGAAGCUUGGCUCAAGACUCUGCCUUACAAUAUGAAUUAGAAAUUGAAGCUGUUGAUGGAGAUAAUGGUAAAUCUACAGCAACUGUAAUUGUUGAUGUUGAAAGGAACUUAUAUCGACCUAUUUUUGUUGAAACAAGUAAAACUGUAACAAUUUUUGAAUGGCAAAAUCUGGGUAACGUAAUAGCUACAGUGACGGCCAUAGAUAACGAUUCCAAAUCGCCACAUAAGGAUUUUAGAUAUGAAAUAAGAGGGAACAAUAAGGCCAAAGAGUAUUUUGGUAUUGAUGAACUCCGUGGUGAUAUUUUUGUCAAAAAGCCUUUAACAAGAGAUUUAUCAGGCUCGUCAGAUUAUCAAGUAGAAGUUAUUGCAAAAGAUCGUGGUAUCCCUCCGCUACAAAGUUCUAAUCAAGCUGUCGUAAGAGUUCAAGUUAGAAGAAAUAGGAAUUGUCCACGUUUUAGCGGCUCCUUUGCCACCAAUAUAAACUAUACUUUACAAACCAAUACUUUGGUUUUUAAAAUUCAAGCUAAUGAUAAUGACCCUGUUGGAACUCCUAUGAAGCAACUGACAUACUAUUUAGAAGGAAAUUCAAAGGCUAAAAAUUACUUUAGAGUUGAUGCAGACACAGGAAGUGUUUACAUCCGAAAUAAUCUAAGAAGCGAUACCGAUUUGGAGUAUAAAUUAUGGAUAAAAGUAGCUGAUAAUGCACAACCUCCAUGCGAAGCACAACAAUUAUACACUGUAAAUGUUCAAAGAAAUCUCUAUUCACCUGUAUUUAAUCAAAAUCAAUAUACGGUAACGAUUGAUGAAGAACAUUCAAGAUCAAAUGUUGUAACUACAGUGUCGGCAAAUGAUAGAGAUGAAAUUCAGUUAUAUAGAACUGUUAGAUACUAUAUAGCACCCGGCUCAUCACAUCAAGAUCUUUUCCGUAUUAAUCAGAACAGUGGUGCUAUUUAUUUAGCUUCUUCAUUAAUUGGAUUAAGUGGAGAGGAUUAUACGAUAAGAGUCAUCGCUAGAGAUACAGGAACUCCUAAUCAAAGAUCUAGUAAAGAAGUUAACGUUAGAAUUCGCGUUAAUAGGAACAAGCGUUCACCUAGAUUCCAAUCAAGAACAUAUUCAGCUAAUAUGACACUGUUAACUGCUAUUAAUACUACUUUAGUAACAGUUAGGGCAACUGACGACGACAAUUUGAGUCAAUACAAACGCAUUUCCUAUAAAGUUAUUGGAGACGAUUCAGCACCUGUCUAUUUUAAAGUUCUACCUAAUAGCGGGGCUGUUCAGUUAUCUAAAAGUCUUAAAUAUGAUUCAACUGUUGAUUAUAAGCUAAGAAUACAAGCUGAGGAUGGUGGUACACCACCAAAAGUUGAUUCAACAUUAGUUCAAAUUCACGUUAAUAGGAAUGAAAAAUCCCCAAGAUUUGCAGACACCAAUAUCCAAAGUUCUAUCUCUGAGACAUUGGCUCUUGGUCAACAAUUUACGUCAGUGAGAGCCUCAGAUGGCGAUGUCCAAACUCCUUACAACAAAAUAUAUUACAUGUUAGAACCAAGCUCGGAAUAUUUCAAUGUGAAUAGAGAAACUGGGGGUAUUUUUGUUCAGAAAUCGGUCAUGGACGAUCCAACGAAGAAAACUCAAUACGAUAUUACUGUUGUAGCAUUUGACGAGGGAUAUCCUCACCAAAAGAAAAGUUCCAACUCAAUCAACGUUCGUAUAAGAAUUGUGAGAAAUUUGAAAGCCCCAACAUUCCUCAACGCUGAUAAUUAUAAAAAGACUAUUAAACAAACCAUUCAACCUGGCCAAUCCGUUAUAUCGAUAUCUACAAGAGACGAGGAUACAAAUUCUCCAUUCAACGAUGUUACUCGUGAAAUUAUUGGAGAUGGAAAAGCUCCGCAAUACUUUGAUAUGAAAAAUAACGGAGAGAUUUUCCUAAAGCCAGGUGUCGAUCUUGUGGCUGAUACAGAAAUGCUUUAUGUGCUAAGAAUUUUGGCUAAGGACGGUGGAACUCCAUCUUUAUCCAGCACGGCAACAGCUGAAAUCACUGUUGAAAGAAAUUUAGUUUCACCAAAAUUUGAAAGAACCAACUCUUUUGUGGAGAUUAAUGAAGAUGUUAAGCCUGGUUCGAGUAUUUCUCAGGUAAAUGCUGUCGAUGAAGAUGUCACUGCACCUAACAAUGAAUUUGUUUACGAUAUUGUUGGAAAUGAACAAGCUAAAGUAUAUUUCCACGUUCACCCACGAUUGGGUGAGGUUACACUGGCAAAGCCCGUUUUAGAAACUAACAGCAGCCGUUAUACCAUCGUCAUUACUGCUACUGACAAAGGAGAACCACCAAGAACUUCGACUGCAACAAUUCAAGUUUCAGUUAAAAGAGAAAAGGGAGAAUUAAAAUUUUCGACUGAUCUGUAUAAUGUCGAGGUAUCGGAAAACGAUAAUGUUGGUAAAAUUGUAACUAAAGUCUCAGCUAGUCCAGGAGCUAACUUACAAUAUGAAUUAACCGGCUAUGGCUCGGGACCAGAAUACUUUAGAGUUAUCGAGAGAAGGGGAGAUAUUCUUAUUCGCAAGAAAUUACUGAAUGAUCCAUCAAAGAUAACUGAAUAUAAACUCAAAGUCUUAGCAACAUCUAAAGAUGUAAGAGAGCAGACUGCCACAACUGAAGUUUUGAUAAAAGUUAAAAGAAACGAAUAUUAUCCAUCAUUCUCCCAAAAUAAUUAUGAUAGAACUUUCCUUGAAAACUUGAGAUUAGGAGAGGAAAUUCUUAAAGUCUCUGCCUCAGAUCGAGAUCUGAGUGAUGUCAUAACGUUCUCUUUUGACAAUAGCACAGAUGCUGAACUGUUCUUUAUUAAUCCAUCAACUGGUUCAAUCACAUUAAAACACGUAUGGAGUCCAGAUAAGCAAACUGUAUUUAAUUUCAACGUUAUUGCUUCCGACAACGCAUUACCACCUAAAACGGCUUCAGCAAGGGUUCGACUUAGCGUAGUAAGAGACAGAGUACCAACGUUUAUUAACCUUCCAAGAUCGGUUAACAUAGAUGAAUAUCAAAGGAAUAACUCUCAAAUUUUCGGUGUUCAAGUCAGAGAUGACGAUAGACAAGGUCAAUUUGUAUAUUCUUUCGUUGACUCUUCUGAAAGUAGCAAAAUUUUCUACAUUGUUAAUACGACUGGUCAAGUUCGUAUAAAUGAUGCUGAGAAAUUGAAAAAUGAUCAAAUCAGCGAAUACGCCAUUGCCAUCAAAGUUAUAGAUGAUAAACGACCUGUAACUUCCUCUGCAAUUUCUACUCUAAUCAUUCGAGUUAAUAGAAACGUUUAUCAACCGAAAUUUGAGCAAAGUAGUUACAGAGUUUUGAUUAAUGAUAGAUAUCAAAUUGGUCAAGAAAUAAUUAAAGUAAAAGCAAAUGAUCGGGAUACGGAUGAUGUACUAAGAUAUGAAAUAACUGGUACAGAAGAUGCAAUGCAAAGAUAUCAUAUUGAUCCAUCAACUGGAUCGAUUAGUCUCAAAUACAAUCUUCAAUCUUUAACUCACAAUACUGAUACCAUUCAAGUUAGAGUCAGUGAUCAGUCCACUCCUCCUCAAUUUGACAACGCAAGAGUUACGGUCACGAUUCGUAGAGAUACUUCUCCACCAAAAUUCCAAAAUAAUGAUUAUAAAGCCACUAUUAACGAUCUUGCAACAGUAGGAUCUGGUUUAAAUAUUCAACCAGGUGUUAGAGCUACCGAUAGAGAUAAUGAAGGAAAAAUUGAAUACGAGCUGGUAGGAGUUUUCCCAGCACCACAAUUUUUUACCAUUAAUCCAAAUACUGCUCAAGUAAGAGUAUCUACGGAUUUACGGAAAGAUACCCUAAAUUCUAUGCUUUAUACUCUUGAAAUUGUAGCAUUCAAUAGUCUUUAUCCUAGCAAUCGAGAGACAGCUACAGUUGCAGUAUCCGUUGAAAGAAAUACAAAAGCUCCAAGAUUUAAUCAGCAAACUUAUACCAAAACCAUUAAUGAAGAUGUCGGUAUUGACUAUUCAAUUUUAACAGUUAAAGCUGUCGAUGAUAACAAGGAUGACAAAAUCAGCUAUUCAAUUUCCGGCGAGGCUGAUGUUAUAUCAAAAUUUUUUGUUGACUCUGAGACUGGUGAAUUAACAACUAAAGAAGAUUUGACGAAAUAUACUGAGAAGAAGUAUAGGUUCUUCGCCGUAGCAACUGAUGAUGGUGUACCCAAGCAAUCGUCAUCAACCUCAGUUGUGAUUACGAUCAGAAGAGAUGAAUUCGCUCCUAUGUUUACUGGAGGGCCUUAUACAGCGCCUCAAGUUCCAGAGAAUAGAGGAAUAGGAAGUCAAAUUUUCUCUGUUCAGGCCACUGAUCAAGAUAGGCAAGGGUCAAUACGAUAUGAAAUGAUAGGAGAUGCACCUGCCACAGACUACUUUAUUGUAGAUACGAAUUCUGGAGGAAUUCGAAUUAAAGAUAAAUUAAGUAAAGAUAGCUCACCAUUUUACAUAGUGCGAAUUGCUGCCUACGAAAGUCAAAACCCACUAAGAAGGGUAACAACAACUGUUCGAAUACCAGUUCUUAGAAAUGCAAAUAGUCCCAAAUUCGAGAGACAGCAGUAUGAAAAGACAAUCGAGGAAAACUUGCAAAUAGGUAAAACUGUUGUUCAAGUAAGAGCUAGAGACCGGGAUCCUGACGACAUUAUAAGCUACUCUAUACCUGGAAGCGAGAACGAUACUCCAGCAAAGAGAUAUUUUGGUAUAACAGGAGAAUCGGGAAUUCUCUAUGUAAAGAAAUCCUUACAAGAAGAUAAUUCUAAUACGGAAACAUUCCAGUUUAAAGUUACCGCCAAAGACAAUAAAAAACCAGAAAGAACAGACGAGACAGAUGUGAUAAUAACAGUUGUCAGAAAUCUUGCAAAGCCAACGUUUACAGGUCAACCAUACAAAGUAAAUAUCGGUGUGUCUCUUAAUUCCGGUCAACUCGUCACAAGCGUCGUGGCCAGAGAUACAGACCUAAAAGAUCAAAAUCGAAUAAAAUAUGAAAUUAAUGGAGUAGUACCAUCGCCAUAUUUUUUUGGUAUUGAAAAUAAUGGAAAUAUAAUGUUAAGAAGAAGUUUAAAAGCUGAUUUAUCACUCUCUUAUUUGAUUCAAGUUGUAGCUUAUGACAGAGUGUAUCCUAAUGAUAAAGGUACUGCUACUGUUACUGUUGAAGUUAAUAGAAAUGAAAAUCAGCCUAAGUGGGUUAAUUCUGAAACUCUAAUAGUAACUGUAAGUGAUAGGGUGCCCCUCGGUUAUACUGUUACCGAUGACGUAAAAGCUACUGAUGCCGAUGAUAAACAAUCUGUUUCGUACCGCGUAUUGGGUGAUGGUGAUGCUCCUGGAUACUUCUACGUUGAUCCUACUACUGGUCGAGUGAACCUUAAGAAAUCACUUUAUCCUGGAAGAGCCACUUCUUACAGACUGAGAAUAGAGGCUGCAGAUGAUGGAAUACCAAGAAAACUAAACGAAAUGACCUUAUAUAUUACUGUCAAGAGAAGUUCAACACCACCACGUUUCGAUGGUGCUCCUUAUCCAAAGAAAACAAUCGAUCAAACAUCUAAAAUCGAUACACUUGUUACUACAAUUAAAGCCCACGACCCAGACAGCGUUGGAGGAUCUGGAGGAAAUGCAGAUAUAAGAUUCUCAAUUACUGGAGAUUAUCCUGCUCCGUCCUUCUUCAAGAUAGAUGAGAAAACAGGAGAAAUAAAAGUUAAAGAACGGCUAACAAAAGACAACUUAAAAACUACUACCUAUCUCAUAAGAAUUCAAGCUAUCGACAUUAAUUAUCCAGAACAGAAAUCAUUUACAACCGUAAAAGUCGAUGUUGUAAGAAAUGCUAAUGGACCAAAAUUCGAAGACACUGAGUUUCAAAAGUCAAUGCCUGAAAAUACUGAACUGGGAUCGUCUGUUCAUCAAGUCAUCGCUAAAGAUGACGAUGGUGAUAAUAUAAUUUAUGAACUAACUGGAGAAGAUGACUCUAAGGAAGUAUUUCACGUUAAUCCGUUUACCGGUUUAGUCCUACUUAAAAAAUCAUUUACUUUAACUAAUGAGAUGCAAUAUAAGUUGCUCAUUCAAGCAUGCGAUUCGAUAUCUUCUGAGAAAAAGUGUGAUCUUGCUACUGUUUUCAUAACAGUUAUCAGAGAGAACCAGCCUCCAGCUUUCCUAGGAACACCUUAUAACUUUAAAAUUAAUGAAAGACGUCCUGUUGGCAGCGAAAUCUAUACUGUUCGAGCUGAUGAUGCAGAUAAUAACGAUCCAUUAAUUUACAAAGUUGUUGGAAUAUCUCCAGCGCCAACUUUCUUUAAUAUCAAUGAUACGACGGGUAAAAUAAGCGUUAGAACAGAUUUAACAACUGAUAGGCGCACGCUAUAUCUGUUGAAAGUUACAGUAGCAUCAAUAACAGAGAGUCACCGUCAAACAACCGCAACCGUUGCUAUCAAUGUUGAAAGAAACGUAAACGAACCAAAAUUUAAACAGAAUAAUUACAGAUUUAGCUUAGCCGAAAAUACUCCAUUGGGAGAGAGUCUCUUCUCGGUUAAUGCAACAGAUGACGACGGUGAUAUAAUCAAGUACAGCAUUGUUGGAGAUGAAUUGGCUAAAGAAUAUUUUUUCAUUGAAUCAACAACUGGUUCCGUAACUUUGAAAAAACAUUUGGGAACAGGAACAUUUAAAACAGUCAAUUUAUUGAUCGAAGCAUCAGAUCAAGCUUUACCAGUUCCAUCGGUUAAAGUUGCUCAAGUAACAGUUUCGGUUAAACGAGACGCUAGCUUCCCAAGAUUCAAUAGACAAGAGUAUGUGUUUACAAUCAAUGAAGAUAAGGCUGUUAACAGUUCUGUUGGAGAAAUAAUUGUAACAGAUAACGACAAAGCGGGGAAUCUUGUUUUUCAAAUUGAAAAUAUUCAUCCCGCUCUAUCUUUUUUCCGUGUUGACAUCCUCCGAGAGGGUGAAGCACGUAUUGUCGUUGCUAGAUCACUAAAAGAGGAAAGCCUUCAACUAACAAGCUAUAAAAUCAUAAUAAAAGCCUACGAUACAUCUUAUCCGAAUAACAUUCAAGAAGUCGAUUUUAUAAUAAAUGUGAGAAGGAAUAUAAAUGGUCCAACAUUCAAUCCAAGUAGCUAUAGAAAGGAGAUACUAGAUAAACAUCGAAUUGGCGAAAUAAUUCUCCGAAUAUCCGCAUCCGAUCGCGAUGGAGAUUUAAUUAAGUAUAGACCAUUAAAUCCUGAUAAUUCUGAAUGGGAAUACUUCUUCUUAGAUGAAACUAAUGGUACUUUGACUAUUAGAAAGAGUUUGUCUGGAAUUGAAAAAGAAUUUUUGUUACAAGUUCAAGCGUAUGAUCCUAGGGGAAGAGCAGUAAACGGAACAAUAUCAGUAAUAGUUAAGAGGGAUAACUCACCGCCAAUAUUUGAGGAUGUUAUUAUACCAAAACCAAUAUCAGAAAAUUCUGCCAACGGCUCGGAUAUUCUCGAAAUCCAAGUCAACGAUCCUGAUAGAAAAGGGGAUAUUCAAUUUGAAAUUAUUGGAUUCGAUCCAGCUCAAAAAUACUUUUCAGUUGAACCAAUAUCCAAUACUGGAAGAAGUAAGAUAGUUAUAGUUAAAGACCUCAAAUCCGAUCCAUUGAAAUUAUUAUCAUACUCGUUGAGAAUUAAAGUUUACGAUUCGGCAAGCCCAGAUACUUUCAGCUACUACGAUGUUGACAUUCCUAUCUCGAGAAAUGAAUUCCGCCCCGAAUGGAGAAAUACACCAUACACGAAGGAAAUCUCUCAAGAUUUCCCAGUUGGAGAUUCGGUUACGAAAAUUGAGGCGAUAGAUUCAGAUAAGGAUGACGUAAUUAAAUACUCGAUUUAUAAUAACGAUGAAGCGCCAACUGUAAAAGAAUUCUUUUGGUUGGAUCCAUCCACCGGAGUUAUAUAUCUAAGGAAACAACUUGACAAGAUAGAGAGGACAAUCUACUCUUUUGAAGUUCAGGCAUCUGAUCAAAAUGUACCUGAGAAGACGGCUAUAACAAAUGUACAGAUCAUUGUGGCCAGAAAUGAAUAUCCUCCGUCCUUUGAUUUUGAUACCUAUACGCGAACAAUUAAUGAACAAGCUGCAAUUAAUUCAUCUGUAAUAGGCAUCAACGCGAACGAUAGAGACAAAAAAGGAACAAUAAUGUAUGAAGUUGUUGGAAUUUUGUCGGCUCCAACAUAUUUUUGGCUAGAUAACAGACAAGUUCGAGUACUGAAUGAUUUAAGAAGUGACCUAUCGGUAGAGUAUAAGUUAAGAAUAGCUGCUUAUGAUUCUGCUGAUCCAAGUACGAAAGCGUACACAACGGUUGUAAUAACAGUUACGAGGAAUGCUAAUGCUCCAAGAUUUAAUCCCUUCACCUAUAGUGCACACAUUAUUGAAGAAUUCCCUAUCGGAGGAAAAAUUGAAACUGUUAGUGCAUCAGAUUCGGACCAAGAUACUAUCUCUUACAAAUUAGUAGGCCCAAGAACAGCAUUAUCCUUCUUCUAUGUGAAUCCAACUUCGGGUAGUGUUUACCUUAUAAGAGAGCUAAAAGACUUAGAUACCAGACCAUUAGUGUUGACGAUCGAAGCAUCGGAUAAUAGAGUACCUGUACCUAAAAAAGUUAAUACAACUCUAUCAAUAACAAUAACAACUGACGAACAACCGCCAGUAUUCGUGAAUUCUCCAUACACGACUCUCAUAACCGAAAAUCAAGAAGUUGAUAGCUACUUUUAUUCAUCAGUUACAGCCACAGAUGCUGAUCUUAAAGACGAAAUUAGGUACCAGCUUGUUGGAGAUAUUAUUGCCUCGAGCUUCUUUAUGAUAGAAGAAAAUACUGGACGAAUUGGAAUAAAACAGAGUUUAAAGACAGAUCCUUUACAGCUUGCUUCUUAUACAUUAGUCUUAGAAGCUUAUGACAGCGCAAAUCCGAGGAGAAGAGCACAAACAACGGCAACUGUUCAAGUCAGACGAAAUGUCUUCCCACCCCGUUUUGAUCAGAAUCAGUAUAAUGUAGCAGCAAACGAAAGCCUGCCUCUUGGACAAGUAAUACUUAAAGUUGAAGCCGAUGAUAGAGAUAAGGAUCAAUUGGAAUAUUCAAUAAUUGGUAAUGAGAAAGCUUUGGAAUAUUUCCAUAUUAACCCAAGAACAGGAGAGAUUUCACUAAAUAAACCCCUAAAUAAAGAUAAUGAUGAGAAUUAUCUUAUACAAGUAGAAGUUAAAGAUGGUGGAAAACCCGAGCAAAAAGCAAUUACGAAUGUAAGAGUAAAAGUUAAAAGAAAUAAGAAUAUGCCAACAUUCGAUGCGGAGAUUAAUGCAAAUGUUCCAGUUAAUACUAAAGUUGGUGCGGUAAUAUCAUCUGUAUCUGUAUCGGAUCCAGAUUUAUCUGGCAACCUCAUUUACGAAAUUUCGGGUGAUGAUACAGCAAAAUUGUUUUUCUCUAUUAAUAGUAAUGGUGAAAUUAUACUCAAAAAACCAUUAACCGAUGAUAAUUUAAGAAAUUUACAAUAUAAGCUUAAAGUAUCAGUCUACGAUUCACAUUUCCCGAGAGAUGUUAUCUCUACAACUGGAACUAUUGAUGUCAAUCGUAAUGCCAAUCCGCCACAGUUCGAUUCUAGCAAUUAUAAUUUUGAAAUAGCUGAAGAUACUGAUAUCGGAGCAUCUGUAUUUAAAGUAUCAGCAAACGAUCCUGACGGAGGAAAUGUUACUUUUAUGAUAAAUGAUGAGACUGUUUAUCAAAAGUACUUUUACAUUGAUCCACAUUCUGGUGUUAUUAAAUUGAGGAAUUCGAUCCUAAAAACCCCUGAGAAAAAUAUGGUUAUUGUUGUUGAAGCAACUGAUUCUGGAAAGCCGAUUCAAGUGGUUAAAGCUAGAAUUAAUAUUUUUAUCAAAAGGGAUGAAUAUCCUCCAGAAUUUGUUAAUCUUCCAAAUACAACAAAAAUUACUGAAAAUCAAGAGAUUAAUGGAGUAUUUUUUAUAGCCAAAGCCAGUGAUCCUGAUUCUAUUACUCAAGAAAUGAACUAUGAAAUUGUCGGCUAUCCACCAGCCGAUCAAUAUUUCCAAAUAAAUAAGGAAAAUGGUGAAAUUAGUGUUCAGAAGAGCUUGAAAGAAGAUCGCGGAUUAGAUUAUAUACUAAGAAUUGGAUCUUACGCAACUGUAAAACCUGCACAGAAAGUUUUCCAAGAUUUGACAAUUACUGUACAAAGAAAUGUUUACAAACCGCAGUUUACGCAAACUCAAUACGAGAAAUCGGUAAAAUCAACUCAAGCGCUUGGUGAUGUAAUUCUUACUGUAAAUGCUACUGAUCGGGAUCAGGAUGUUUUAACGUAUACCCUAGAAACUGAAUCUUGUAAAGAAUACUUCUUUAUAGACUUCAGAGAUGGAAACUUGAGAUUAAGUAAACUAUUACCUGCUGAUAAUUCCAUAAAGGAAUUCGAUUGCAUAAUCAAAGCCAAUGAUGGCGGCUAUCCUACGCCUCAAACAACUACUGUUCCUGUAAAAAUCACUGUUCAACCGUCCAACUUAGUUCCCGUAAUUGAUCCAGUUCAGAGCAUUGAAAUUGAAGAAUCAGUACCAGAAAAUACUAUAAUCCAAAGUGUUAAAGCAACGUUGCCUUCAGUUAGCGGAGAAUUGAAAUAUGAAAUAGUAGGCGAUUAUCCAUCACCGGACUUCUUUGGUAUAAACUCACAAGGAGAAAUAACAAUAACAAGAGAUUUAAGAAAGGAUAGUCUACAAUUGAACGCCUAUAGAAUAAAAAUUGAAGUUUACGAUAGUGCUACUCCAAAUGCAAGAGCAAAAACAGAAUUCUCAGCAACUGUUAAACGUAAUGUUAAUAAACCAUCCUUCGAGAAGGAUACCUAUCAAAUAUCAAUUAAUGAUACAUGGAAGCAAGGAGAUCUUGUUGCUGAAAUAAAAGCAACAGAUAAAGAUAACGAGACUAUUACAUAUUCCAUUGUUGGUGAUGAUAAAUCGAUCAUAUACUUUCAUAUCGAUCAAAAUACUGGAAAGUUAUCGGUUCGAAGACCACUAUCUGAAGACAAUACCCAAGUGUAUGAAAUAACUAUUCAAGCCAAAGAUAAAAGAGGUCAUUUGAGCUUUGCUAAAGUUACUGUUCAAGUUCCACGAGAUCUCUACCUCCCAGUAUUUGAGGCUGACAAUGAUCCAACUGUAAUUGUCGAAGGAGUAAAACCAGGACUAGUUGUUAAAACUGUAAGAGCGAAUGAUCAAGACCUAAAACAAAAGAUAAAAUACGGAAUGGAUGGCUAUUUCCCAUCAGACAUUUUCUUUGAAGUAGAUGAAAAUACUGGAGAAAUAAGGGUAAAGAAAAGUCUAAAAGAUGAUAAUUUAGGAAACCAAAAAUAUAUCCUGCAUAUGUACGCCUAUGACACUCAAUUUGAGGAUAGAAGAGGAUAUGCUAAUUUUACAAUUACUAUUAGAAGAAAUCCUAACGCACCUCAAUUCAAGGAAGAUGUUUAUGAAAAAACUAUGCCAUUAACCACUCCUAUUGGAGAAGAGAUCGUUCAAAUAGAAGCCACUGAUGGAGAUAAUGAUAGGAUUAUCUACUCAAUUGAAACAGAACAAGGAUCAACAAUUGAUAGUCUUUUCUUCAUUAACCCCGAUACUGGUCGAAUAAUAUUAAGAAAAUUAUUAGUUGGAGUAGCAGAAAAAUCAUUUGAAUUUUUAGUGAAGGCUGAAGAUAGCAGAGGAAGUUCAUCAUCAGUUGUCGUUAGAUUAACAAUCGGAGAUAAAAAUGAACCACCAGCGUUUGAUAAAGAAAUUAACAAAUUUACUUUAUCGGAGAAUAGUCCAGUUAAUGAAAAUGUUAUACAGAUUGCAGCCACCGAUCCUGAUUUGUUCGGACCAAUGGUCUACGAACUUAAAGGAGUUAGACCAGGUUCAGAUUAUUUCGGCAUUAGGACAAUAAACAAUAUUGGUCAUAUUUACUUAUUGCAAACUAUCGAAAAUGAUUGGACCCAAAUAUAUACGUUACGUAUUGUGGCCUAUGAUCAACAAUACAAUUACCUAAAAGCUGAGACGUUGGUUGAAAUAACAGUUGAAAGAAAUCUUAAUAAACCUGUGUUCAAAUCUUCCAAUAUCCGAGUAUCUGUUAAUGAACACGAUCCUCUUGGAAAAAAUAUUACUCAAGUUUCCGCCACUGAUGCUGAUGUUCCAGGUCCAAAAUCCCAGAUUUCCUACGAUAUUAUUGGUGACCAUCCAGCAGACAGCUUAUUUGCUAUACAUCCAAAAAUUGGUUACAUUUUCAUAAAAGAACCAUUAACCGAAAAGCCAGAAAAAUUAUACAUUAUUAGUGUUGUUGCAAGAGAUAAUGGCAUACCUCCUCAAUCAUCAGUAGCAACUAUCAGAGUAACAGUUGAAAGAAACGAUCUUAGCCCUGUUUUCCCUAUUAGUUCAGACUAUUCUAGAACAAUUGGUUUCCGAUGGGCAAUAGGAUCAAGAAUAGUUCGUCUUGAAGCAACAGACGGAGACGAAGAGGGACCAAAUAGUAUUGUGUCUUAUAAAAUAGCAGAAGCAAAUAACGAAACAAUUGAAUAUUUCAUGGUUGAAGAAGAAACCGGAUGGAUAAGUCUGAGAAAAGACUUAUCAACAAGCGCAACAAACGAAUUCAAAAUGAGCGUCAUCGCAUAUGAUCACGGUAAACCAUCGAAAGAAAGUCAAAAGAAAGAACUAACUAUAACAGUAUCGAGAAAUUCCACAACACCUAUUUUCAAACCUACUGACUACGAGGCUGAAGUUGGUGAGAGUCAAGCUGUUAACUCAGAGAUAAAGAUCAACCCACCACUCCAUGUUAUUGAUAGCGAUAACUGCGGUCUCCUAUAUUCAAUAAUUGGACUUGACAAAGCUCAAAAUUUAUUUAAAAUCAAUCCAGGUACAGGAAAGAUAACUAUUGGUAAAGAUUUGAGAUUGGAUCACGAACCAUCUUAUACUAUAAAAGUAGCUGUUCAGGACGAAUGCGACAAACAAAAUACGGCAAUUGCUCAGAUUAAAGUAAACGUGAAUAGAAAUGAAAAUUCACCAAUAUUUAGCAACGAACCAUACGUAAAGAGUGUGGGAGAAGAUAUAUCUAUCGGUGAAGAGAUAAUAACUAUAACAGCAACAGAUGAAGAUGAAGGAAAGGCAGGAGAAAUUAGAUAUUCUAUUGUUGAAGAUGACUCCUCAGCAAAUAUUACUGAUCUAUUCUUCCUUAAUCCUCAAACUGGAGUUGUCACAAUCAUCAAGAGUUUACUCGAUGAUCCUAACAAGAGACAAGUCUAUAGAAUAACGGUUCAGGCUGCUGAUCAGAGUUUAGUUCAGAAAUCAACAACUGCAAUAGUUAGAAUCAACGUCAGAAGAAACUUAUAUGCACCAGUUUUUGACAAACCUUCAUACAAUGCUGAAAUAAGUGAAAAUGCCAAAGUUAACGACAUUGUUUUGAAUGUUAAAGCCACUGAUUCUGAUGACGCAACUGGUGAAAAUUUAACAUACGAGCUAAUUGGAGGAAAUGACGCUGGUAUAGGAUUAUUCCAAAUAGGUAGAAGAUCGGGUGUUCUCUCUGUUAAAAAUCCUUUAUCGACAAGUUCCCAAGAGUAUUUCAAUUUUAUGGUUGAGGUGAAGGACGGAGGCUCUCCUGAAAGAUCGGCCAGAGCUCCUAUUUCUAUAAGAGUUAAAAGAAAUGAAUUUCAACCAAUUUUUGAAAGUCCAACCUACACAAAAGUUGUUAAUGAAUUUAUAAGAGUUGGAGCUAAUGUUCUCACUGUAAAAGCUGUAGACAAGGACGAUAGUUCAACAAGAUCUGGAACUAUUGAAUAUUUCUUGGAAGACAUAGAAAAUUCAGGAGAGAACGUAAUUCAAUAUUUCUCUAUUUGGAGAUCGGAAGGAAGAAUAGUUAUUGCCAAAAAUCUUCAUGAGGAUGUAUCUAAGCAGAGAACAUACAUGUUCAAUGUUAUCGCUAGAGAUCAAGGAAUACCAUCUAAGAGCAAUCGCACAAAAGUCGAGAUAACUGUAAGACGCAAUGACAACAAACCGAUUUUCGAAAAGAGUCCAUACAAGUGGUCUGCUAAUGAAUUAGAUCCUAUCGGUACAGUCGUAGGGAAAGUUAGAGCCGUAGACGCCGACAUUGAAUUUCAACCUGACGCACCGAACUCGAAAGUUACCUAUAGAUUAUCGGCAUUUUCUGGAGGAUUGGAAUACUUUGCUCUAAAUUCAAAAAAUGGUGAAAUCUCCGUUGCUAAAUCUCUAUUCGCAGAUCCCGAUGCCGUAUUACAAUAUAUGCUUAAAGUCUUUGCUGAAGAUGGCGGAAACCCAAUGCAAACUGAUCAGGUGGAUGUUCUCAUCAACGUUACCAGACCAACAACAUCAGUUGUUGGUAAAUUGGGAUUUGCUAAAUCGUUAUAUCUAAAAGAAGUAAUGGAAGAUAUGACACAAAACAGAGAAGUUGAAAGAUUACAGGUUGUUAAUCUUAAAACAAAUCAAACUGCUGAAUGCCUUAUUCAAUCCGGAAAUGACGAAAUUGUAGCCACUGGUUUUAAUAGGAUAAGAGUAAUAAUUGAAGUGCUUGAUGUCAACGAUUCACCACCUGAAUUUAUAACACCGGAUUACAGUCCUUUGAACUUGAACAACGUCUACGUUACAGCUGUUCCUAGGGAAAUAUCAGCACCUAGUAAUAUAAUACAGAUAAAGACUAUCGACAGAGAUUUGGGCGUUAAUAAAGAAGUGACUUACUCAAUAUUAAGUAACGACGUACCUUUUAAAAUCGACACAAACGAUGGACAAAUAUCGAAUCUAAAGGAAUUUACGAAAGAGGAUAGUUUCUUUGAAUUUUCAGUUAGUGCGUCUAAUUCAAAAUCGGAUGUUAAGUUAUUAUCAACUGCUAAGACUUAUAUAAAUCUAAUUGAAGAAAAGCAUAGAAUAGUCCUUGUAUGGGAAAAUCAAGCUGUUGAAGAUGUUAGUCAGAGAUUGAAUGAUACUAAAAUAGCUCUUCAGAGAUUAUCCAAUAAGAUAAUCGUAAUUGAAAAACUAACACCAAGAACUUAUUUUGCUGGCGGUGAUGAGAAAGUUGAAAAAACUGAUACGGAUAUGUACUUUGUCGCCAUAUCGCCCACAACUUUUAAAAUCUUGGAAACCGAAAGUGAUGAAGUAAGCCAAUCUUUCACAUCAUCGGUGGCGAUUACUAAUAUAAAGAAAGAGAUGGAAACUCUUGGACUAAAUAUUCAAAGUGUGAGAACUGCCUAUCCAGUUGUCGGUGCAAUUACGGGAAAAACGUACGAAAGCUAUGACGAAGCUCCUUGGAUUGCCCUAAUAGUUCUUGCAGCCCUUAUUAUAGUCUUUUCAAUAAUUGGAAUGUUUGUAAUAUGUUUCACCUACGGAAGAUAUAAACACUCUCUUAGAGAUAAAAAUGCUGCCUAUAUUCGAACUUUACCUGCUGGACAUGUAAAUGGCUCUACAACCGAACUUAUGUACGACAAUUCGUCGGAUUUUCUUAGGGAGUACGAAACUCAGAGCUUAGCCGUUUACGUUCCGGCCGACGAGCCAGUACAAGAACAAGGAGAAAUUAACAUGAACUUUUCUGUGGCGGACGAAGCAACAGCUCGCACACUACCUCGAAGUACCUACAGUGCCGAUGCAUCAACAAGAUCCCACAAUGGUGGUGUAUUCUCGGCUACUAAUCCAAUAUAUCAAAGUUCUCAACAAUUUACCUCUAUUCAUGAACGACUCAGCAGUGGAAACGACGCUACAACAUCAAGAGCGGUCGGAUAUGGAGGUGAUUUUACAACAUCAAGAACGGUCAGAGGUGGAAGCGACUUUGCAGCAUCAAGAACGGCCGGAGCUGGAAGCGACUUUUCAACAUCAAGAGCGGUCAAAGGUGGAAGCGACUUUGCAACAUCAAGAACAAUAGGAGGUGGAAGCGAUUUUGCAACGUCCAGAAAAAUUGAAGGUGGAAGCGAUGUAGUAUCAUCAGGAGUGAUCGGAGGCGAAAGUACUAGCGAUACAAGACACGAAUCAAGAUUAGUAACAAAAACAUCAAUGAAAUCAUACGGUCAUAGAGAGAAUACAAACCGAUUCUCAUCAGGCAGUCAGACUGCUGCCGCUUACGAAGUUAACGACGAUCCAACCGUCUUUUAA